CUCCUCCAGGAUCUCUGUCCUGUUCAGAUAAGCCACUCCUGUUGUUAAUUUCAAGCAGAAAGGCAGGAAAUGUGACAGUGUAGUUUUCCACUUCCAUAAACAAGAUGACUGCCAGGCCUUUUUUUUUUUUUUUUUUUUUUUUUUUUGCCCGUCAGUCUCCUCCACACGCCUCUAGGUCCAGUCCUGGAAAAAAGAGUCACAAGUGCAGACGGAGAAAGUGAGGGAAAGGAGUAGAGAGGGAGAGGAAAGCAAGGAAACAGGAAAGAAACGAGGCUGAAAGACAGGAAAACUCAUCAGGAGAGAAGAAAAAGAACUCACAUAGAGUGGGGAAAAGGGGGGAGAGGAGUUUAAACAGAAAAAAAAAAGCUUAAAAUCAAGUGUUAAACAGUUUUUCAUGUCAUGGCUGAAAACAGCACAAAUGUCUUUCUGGACAUUCUGCAGUCCUUUGAUGCUGUUCCUUUAAUUAUAGCUUUCUGUGUCUCCAUUGCUGUGGGUCUGCUCCUGGGGGCCAUGGUUUAUGUGAUCCUAACGUGGAUGAGUCGACGCAGAGCCGGCUCUGCCAGCAUCACCCGACGCCCGCCCCGCACCUCACACUCUUCCCCCCGCAGUCGCCCGGCCUUCUGCCGCAGCAGCAGCGGCUACGACCGCAGGAGCAACAACAGUUUACUGAACGCGGCGGCGUUCAGCUUCCACCGCCAGACCUCCUCCCCGGACCACCUGGACGCAGUGGGGCAUAAAUCCAGCUUCAGGGCCUCCACCUUCCACCCUCUCAUCCAGUGCAGCCAGAUCGCGAGGGAGGCGGAGGAGGGGAGCCAGACCACGCUGCCUCGGAUGCUGACCCUGACCACUUCGGCUGGUUCGGCUCAAACCGCUGACCGGUCACCCGCCACCCCGCCGAGACGUGAGUCGUUUUGGGGGAACAACAACCUGAGGGGGUUCAGCAUGACCCAGACCCCACCUCCGGCCUAUGAGAGCAUCAUAAGGGCCUAUCAGGAGACAGCCACCUGACAGGAAACAUGAAUGACCUAAAAAUGGAUGUUCAUAUAAUUUACAGCACAAAGGACUCAACGAUUCAAAGGUCUGAUCAACACAUUAAAAAAUACAAUUUUUUUUAUACUUUUCAUUAAAAAUAUAACACUUAACUUUUCUUUGACACAUGUGAAACUGUCUGGCUACUGCGUGAAAAGAUGUUAUUACUAAACCACUGUUCAAACUGGACUGUUUGCUAAGUUUACAUCAUAGAAACGUGUACCGCAGGUUAAUAAUUAUGCAACAACACACACAAAUGUUUUAUAAUGCCAGCCAAAUAAGGGAGGUGUGUUAAUCUGCAAGACAUAAAAGUGACCUGACAUGAUGUGAUUUGUUUGUUUUGGGAGCCAUUUAUUUUGAGUUGCCUUUUGUAAAAUUCUAAUAAUUAUGUUUGCAUGAACAGUAUGUACAAGUGUGAGAGGAUACUCCAAGCGUGCAUUAGGUGUGAACAGUUUUUCAUGUAUAGUUUGUUGUACUUUUCAUGGACUUAACUUAAUGCAAUAAAAUCUCAAAUCAAAUGGUUUUCUGUGCAGAUGUAAACAACAUCUGGAGGUAUAAAUAAAGAGAAAAUAACUUAUGACA